CGUCUGCAGUCAUCACAAAACAAGUCGUUGUCUCCAAAGACACGUCUCUGCAUCUUUGAUUGGUAGUUGAUAACAGAUCCUCAGACUCAUGGGGCUGGCUGACCUUGCUGUAUAUAUAUCAUCCCAUUUCAGCAGAGACAGCAGAGGCUGACAAGAAACUGGUUAGAAGCUCUCCCCCAUUUACCUCGUGUAAUCUCCAGCUUUGACGAGCCUUUCAUUAUGGCUGUUUUCUUCACUGUGGCUCUAAUGGCUAUGGCUUGUCCCUUACUGGCAUUUGACAUGGGUCAGUCUACUCGUUGCGUUGCCAUUCCCAACAAGAUGCAUGUCUGCAGAGAUGUUGGAUAUUCAGAGAUGCGUUUGCCAAACUUUUUGGGCCACAGUAACUUGGAAGGUGAGGUGGUGCCACAUUCAGAGGAUUGGAGGCCGCUGUUGCAGACAGGCUGUCACCCUCAAGCCCAAGCUUUUCUCUGCUCCCUCAUUGCGCCUGUCUGUCUUGAUACUUUCAUCCAGCCCUGCCGUAGUCUGUGUGUGGCAGUAAGGCAGAGCUGUGCCCCAGUGCUUGCCUGCCAAGGACACUCAUGGCCUGAUGUUCUCGAUUGUGACCGCUUCCCUGCUGAGGAAGACGUGUGUCUUUCUCCCCAUGCAAAAUUUGGCAUUUUUUCGAAAGGUUUGCCUAAAUCUGCCUGCCAAAACUGUCCUUAUGUGGAAGAGGCUCCAGCAGCAAAAACGGUCUUGGAUUCUUUUUGCAGCCAUGAUUUUGCUGUUACUGCCAGACUUCACCGUCUUCGCCUACCCACAGGAGAGCCAGAAUUUGAAAUUGAGGGGCGGGUUGAGUUUAUCCGUCAGGGUCCUCUGUUGCCCUAUGACACCCAGCAUCUGCUCCAGCAGUGGCUCCUUAUCAACAUUAGAUGUGCCCACGCCCUCGUGCGUCCUGGGAGGUCACAGCUUUAUGUGCUGACUGGUUCUGUGCAGCACGAUGGAACCCUUUCUCUAACUCGUGUCUUCCCUUGGCACAGAAAAGACGCAAACAUUGCAGUGGCAAUUCGAAAAUGGAAGCACCACAGAUGUUGAAUGGACAUGGACAAAAACAGGAACUUGAAAUCUGUGCUUUGAAGCGUAGGGCCACAUGAGGACAGGAGGAGCUUCCUGGCGUUGGAUUUUAAGAAACAUUUGUAAAGGCGGGUAAAACACACAGAAUCAGACAAUUUGCUCAUCAGUUUCAUUUUUUCUUUGUUAGUGCUUUGUUAGCACACUGCAUUAAGACGCACUAA